CUGGAUUCCACAGAAUCUCUUUUCUCCUCCGUAAAGAACAUAGGAGGAGGGGGACAGGAGAAAAUUACAGACAAAAACCGAGAUAUAAUUCUUGAUUUUGGGUACUUUUUUUUUUUUUUCUCGUCCAGAGAUCGUUCUCGUCUUCGAAUCGACAUUGGUAGGCACGAAUUUUAAUGUUUCGUGGAUGGAACCCCAUCUCUAGGUUUGCCCCGAUUCUCUGUCGGCAGACAUCUCCAUCUUCAUCUCCAUCUCCAUCAUCUCCUCGUUCUCCUCAUCUUGCUCCGUGAAUCUGUACUCUCUCCGGAGGAGGGGAGUCUUGGGCAACAGAGGGAAGGAGAACUUCAAGAGGGGAAGAACCCCCUUUGAAAAUCCGCACCCCCACGAAUUAAAGAUUCUGCGGUUGCCCAAAAGACCCUUUUCUUGAAUCAGUAUCGUCUCUUUCGCUCACUCCUUGGCGGCUUCGGAUCUCCAGCGAUGGCUUUGCAUUGAUUUCUGGGCUCCGUAGCACCAAGAAAGAUGAUUAGGGAUUUUUGGAGGCGGCAUCGGAGAAAGAUUUUGUUUGGUGCUGGCAUUUUGGGUAGUGGAUACCUUCUGUAUAAGCUUUAUGAUGCCCGUAAGAAGCAGCUUUUGGAUCUUGAAAAGGUGUUGGCGGGUGAGCGCGAAAAUGAGGAACUCGUCAAGGCUCAUAUGCAAACCCAUUUCGAGAGUAUCCAAGGAAUAGCCAAUACAGCAACCAUGCCUCAUGCCAUGCACUAUGUAAGUAGCCGGAUAGCGGAAGAGUUGGACUUGACACACUUGACAGAGAGGUUAAUGAGAGGAAAAGGCCAACCCAACACGUUGACGUCUGCAGAGAAACUUGAAUUGUGGGAUCAACUGAAAAUUCUGAGUUUUACAAGAAUGUUAGUCUCACUUUGGGCAAUGACAUUACUCAGCUUAUACAUCAGAGUUCAAGUCAAUAUCCUGGGGAGACAUCUGUAUAUUGACACUGCUCGGGGCCUUGGAAGCCCUCAAUUACUUGACGAUGCUGAUCUCAUUGACAUGGAGGACCAGCAGAAGUUCCUUGCAAGUGCUGAUUUUCUCUCCAAUCAUGGCUUGGCAGCCUUGAUAUAUAAUAUGCAGGCAGCUGCCGCUGAAGUUCUCAAGGGGAAGCAAUUGAGAGAUUUCUUUGACAAUGCGGCACUGCAUGAGACGAUUUUACAAAUACUCGACACCUUCAUGAUCAUGGGAAGCCCCCUUCAGUGGGUGGGCUAUUUGAUGCCUGAGGAUGCUAGAUUGCAUAAGAUCAGUGACACUUCUGGCAACGAGGAUACAAUUGUCCCCAAUUUUACCAAGUUUGAUCAGCUAAUGGUGGAGGCUCGAACUGUGAUAUCAAGUGCUGAAUUUGGGGGUGUAGUUGAUGUGUCAUUGAAAAUGGUUGUGCACGCACUGGUUGAGGAAUUUGAACUUCAAGCUGGAGGAAGCAGUGCUGCUUCAGGGAUACCACUAGCUAAACUCGUACCUCGAGUGGCGCAGAUGGGGCCUCUACUUCUCGAAGAAGCGAGCAAGAACCGUUUCAUCCAGAUAAUUAGAGACUCUCCAGAUGUCGAACUCUUCUUCACUCUUCUAUACACAAAUAUGCCGAAUUCAUAGGAAGCAAGUAGGCAUAGUCUGUAGUUUAAAUUCAUCCACGAAACAGACGCUUCUAUGUAAAAAGAAAAGGAGGAAAAACUUGAAAGGAGCUAGGUUUGGUAAUUUUUUGGGUUAGGUUUCGGCACUUCCGAGAGGAAUAAUGAGGGAAGAUGGGUGUUGGUUGGGUGCAUUAUUCAUGUGAUUCUUUUUUCUCAAGCACUUAUGUUGUCCAGUGUUUUGAACUGGUAGAUUGUGCAAGCAGAUGUAUUGAUGUUGUAGUGCUGACUCCUCCUAAGAUGAAGCUUCAUGAUGGAGGAAAGUACUCUCCAAAGUUGCCAAUUCUGUUCAUUUUGAUGCAUACCCAGUUGUCCAGAAAUGGUUCCAGACAACCUUGAGGCUUCCUGACUCUUUAUUUUUCUUAUGGAAAUAAAUAUGUUCUAAGGGAUUAACGUUU